AUGUCGGUCGAAUCGCUGCGCUCCUUAGAGCAGGUGCGCCAGCGUCUGAACACCCUUGCCAACACUAUUGGCAAGCUGCUGCACGAUCUAGACACCAACGACCCACUACCAUCGUGGCCUUCACUGCAAAACUCUGCCAAUCUGCUCUAUCACAACCUCGACUCACUUCACAAGGUCCUCGCCGGUGCUCAGCCACUCCUCGCAAACACCCACGUCUACCCUCUGCCCUCGUACCCAGGCCGCACCCAGGAAGACCUACUCACUCAACUGUUGCGCAAAAAGCUACAACCACAGACUGAAGACUGGAUCGCCAAUGGAGAGCGACACGCUGCAAACAAUGCCAUCCAUCCGAACCACACUAAUGGCUCCUCUGCGGCUCCCACUGCUUCCGAACCGCAACCCAUGAGCACAACCCAGAUGACUGAUCUCUGGGAAUGGGCCGGUCAGGAAGGCAACCGUAUCGGUAGCGAAAUGGGCCGCGAUGCCUUUGACGACGUCUUCACCCUCGAAGAACACGAACUAGGCAUCGAGAACGUCGUUACUGGUCUGCGUCGCAAGCUGUGGGAUAGCGACGACGAGGACGAGGACGAGGACGACGAGCAAGGCGAGGCACAAGCCAAAACAAAAGACGACAAACACCUCGAUAUGGACGUGGAUAUGGUAGACACCAUCCCCGAGCCUGUCAAAGCACUACAACGACACAACGUCGACCCAUCAAAGCCGCCAAUGACCAUCGAACACAUAUUGAGAUUCGCCCUGACAGCCAGAGAGCCCCCGAACGCCGUGUAA